GAACGGACGACCGACCAAGCAGUGGCACAACUGAUACAACCGACUGAUAGUCACCAAUUUAAAGCUUGACUGGUUUCAUACGUGUCAAUCUUUGCUCUUGGAUAAACGAGUCGAAUCAAGUCGAGGGACAAGCGGCGGGCAGCUCUAUAGGAAAAGAGCAAGCAAUACAUUACCGGAUCAGACAUACAAUCAUUACCUAUACGAAUCACACAAAACAGAAGCAAAAACACCAUCCAUACACAAAUUACAGACAGACAGAACACACACAUACGCACAUACGCACAUACACAAUGUCCAACCGCAGCGCAGCCAAGCGCCUAAUCAAAGAGCUCACGACCUGGAACAACAUCGAAGCCAAAGAAGAGAAGGGCGUCGAGCGGUUAGGUCCCAUCAACGACGAUGAGCUGUUGGUUUGGGAGGCCGUGAUUAACGGGAAGGGGGUAGGUGGUGGUUAUGAUGAAGGCCGCUGGCUCCUCCACAUCACCCUCCCCCCGACCUACCCCCUCCACCCACCAACCAUCAAAUUCAUCACGCCCAUCGUGCACGCCAACGUAGCCCUCACCACGGGCGAGAUCUGUCUGGAUUUGCUCAAAGAAGCAUGGACCCCCGCCUACAGCGUGUUGGAGUGCGUGAGGGCUAUUCGCUUGCUGCUGAGCUGUCCGGGCAUCGAUAGUCCGCUUAACGUGGAUGUUGCGGCGCUGAUAAGGCAGGGGGAUCAUGUGGCGGCGAGGGGGCUGGUGGAGUUGUGGGUUGAGGAGGAGAGGUAUGAGGGGCCGUGAAGGAAGUUAGUUGAAUUGGAUAGAGGGCAGGGAUGGAUGGGGAUGGUGGGAUGGAGGUGAAGGAUGCGUUGGGAUGGACGGAGAGAUGGCUUGGGGGGAGGGGAGAAUCUGAAGAAAGGAUAUGGAUGGGAUGAUUGUUAUGAAU